AUGGCGAACAACAACAGCGUGGAGGCCCCUAAGCUUAAAUACGUGCUGCUGCUCAGUGCCGCGGAGGCUGCAGAGCGUCUUUCCUAUCAUCUCCAGUCUGAGCAGAGGCCGAAUCAGACCGGAUCAAAUAAGAUCACUGUGAAUUCUCCCGUUUUUUCCUCUUUCACAUUUUCUAACUCUAAAUAUUCACAGAAACCAGGAUAUGGACAUCACAGAAAAGAGACCUCUGUUGGCCAUUCGCCACUGUCCCAUCAGUCCCCAGCAGACUGCAGCGGUGAGGACAUUAUACCCAGAAAACUGAAUGGCUCCUCAAUGGAGAUGCCCAGCCACCAGAACCUGCAUCGGGAGCUGCUGCUCAGCCAUAAACGGGGCUUGCUGCCGGAGGAGAAGCCGGAGCUGAAACGAGUGUUGGAGCAGCGCAGACUGGAGCUGCACAAGGAGGAGGAGAUGGCACAGCGGCAGCCCUCGGAUCUGGAGAUGGAGCUCCGCAAGAGGCAGCAGAAGCUGGAAGAGUACGAGCAGGAGGAGAUCAGACGGAGGGAGAACCAGCAGAAGAUCCCAGAGUUUGUUCGGGUGAGGGACAACCUGAGACGCACACAGACGUUUGAGCAUUGA